AUGGAAUGUGCAAUCUUACUGCGACUGCAGCAUCCAAACAUUGUGGAGUACAAAUCAUCUUUUAUACAGGAUGCUCAUCUAUAUAUUGAAAUGGGCUUUUGCGCCGGCGGUGACCUUGACUCCUACUUACAAAGUAGAAGUGGACAACUGCUAGACGAGAUUGAAGUGCUUGAUAUACUUGUUCAAAUUACCAUGGCCCUGGAGGUAUGUGUUAAGGAUUCGAAUCUCGAGCCCAUGUGCACAGUAUGUACACAGCAAGAGCAUUUUGCAUCGUGAUCUAAAGACGAAAAACAUUUUCCUUACGGAACCUAGACUUAUCAAAGUAGGCGACUUUGGAAUCGCACGGUAAGAGGACGUUGGACCUUUUACUUUAGAAUUCUCGACGAGCCCCUCUCAUUGGCGAACACGCUGACUGGUACUCCAUACUACAUGAGCCCUGAACUGCUAACAGGAAGGCCAUAUAAUCACAAAGUGAGAGACUGAGUUUUUUAUUUUUGAAAGUCCGAUAUUUGGUCUCUAGGGUGCGUAGCCUAUGAAGUUACUUCGUUACAUCAAGCUUUCUCAGCACAGAAUUUCCACGAUCUCUCGUUGAAAAUUUUGCUGGCAAAAGUACGGUGAAUAAAAUCUGCUUUAGUAUUGUUAGACGCCUUCAGUCCCACAAAAAUAUAG